GAGGUGAGGAGCCCUCCAAAUGGACGGCUCUAAUCGCACCGCUCCCAGCCCCAUAUAUGAGUGGCUCUCAGUUGCCCUCUGUUAAACCCACUCUCUCUCUAAAACACUCUUUCUCUCUCUAAAAUUUCCCCCUUUUCUUCCUUUCCGUUUCCCUCACAGGCUAUCUAUCACAUUGACAAUCUCUUUCGGUUUCCAACUCUCCAACUUUAAUACCAUCUUAUCUCUUGCUUUCUCUCUCUAACUUCUAUUUCUUUCUCUCUCUAAUACAGGAAAACAGUGCUCGAAAUCGUUAAACCCUCUACGAGAUGACCAAGCAAAGUGUUAUGGUCUCCGAAGCAGCAAACGCCGCCUUAACAAAGCCCGGGCUCAACAUAGCCACUCUCUCUGUUGCGGUAUCAAAUUCCUCUCUCUUCCCAUACACACCCCCAUCAUACGCAACCCCUCAAGCAUUCACAACCCCAUCUUCGGCAUACCCUCCUCCUCAAAUGCCCCCGGCCGCAAGCAUCAUCACCAUCUCCAGGCGCAAGCCAUUGCAGAAGCUCGACACCACAAGCCGAAUCAACGGCUGGAUCGACUCGAUGAAGGCCUCCUCCCCGACCCACAUCAAAUCUUCGCCGUCCCUUGACCCCUCUUCAUGGACGGUCCAUCAUCCAUCUGCUCUCAGUAUGUUUGAGCAAAUGAUGAAUGCGUCAAAGGAGAAACAGAUUGUGAUGUUUCUAGAUUACGAUGGCACCCUCUCCCCGAUUGUGGACGACCCUGAUCGCGCUUACAUGUCUGACUCUAUGAGGAGUGCGGUUAGAGCCGUGGCGAGGUAUUUCCCCACUGCCAUAGUUAGCGGGAGGUGCCGCGACAAGGUAUAUAGGUUUGUACGCUUGGCUGAGCUGUACUAUGCGGGUAGUCAUGGAAUGGAUAUCAAGGGCCCCGCAAGAAGGCCUCGAAGCCAGAGAAACUGGGCUUUAGACAAGACGGGCAAGAACAAGGCAGUGCUUUUCCAGCCCGCGAGCGAGUUCUUGCCCAUGAUCGACGUGGUGUAUAAAGCAUUGGUGGAGACGACCAAAGGCAUUCCCGGUGCCAAGGUCGAGAACAACAAGUUUUGCCUGUCUGUGCAUUUCCGUUGUGUCGAUGAAAAGAGAUGGAGCACUUUGGCUGAAGAAGUUAGAACAGUGUUGAGGGAAUACCCAAAAUUGCGACUUACCCAAGGGAGAAAAGUCCUAGAGAUCCGUCCUACUAUAAAAUGGGACAAGGGGAAAGCCCUUGAGUUUUUGUUAGAAUCACUUGGUUUCGCCAAUUGUGAAGAUGUGUUUCCAGUGUACAUUGGAGAUGAUCGAACGGAUGAAGACGCCUUUAAGGUUCUUCGUGACAGAGGACAAGGUUUCGGCAUCCUCGUCUCGAAGAUCCCAAAAGACACAAAUGCCACCUACUCGUUACAAGAACCCUCCGAGGUGAUGGAUUUUCUACAUCGGCUUGUGGACUGGAAACGCUCGUCUCUCAAGGCCCAAGAGAGGGUGUAAAUAAAAAGAGAAAACCCCAAGAUCGUGGGGAUAAAGUAAAAGAAAUGAGGAAUUUACAUGUAUUUAUGUCUUUAACAAAAAGCGAAAAACAGAUUAAAAAAAAAAAAAAGGGAAUUUAGUGUCAAAUGUAUCUGUCCUCUUUUCCUUGAAGGCCUUUUGAAAGCAACCUUCUUGUUAACUUUACAGAAGGAUGCAAAGCAAUGUAACAAACUACUGUUAUAUUA